GUCCGCUCCUAAGUGCCCUCCCCAAGACGAAAGGGGGCGGGGCCCUGAGACGGGCCGGUCCACUCUCGGGUCAGGUGGCAGAGCUGGCUGGCCCCUGCAGGGGCGGGGCGGGUGAGACCAAUUCUCGCUGAGGUGGAGGGAACGUGGGCGCCCGGACAAUUCCAUUGCCGAAGGUGGAAGGACCUUCAGCUCCAGGGCCACAGGGGUGAUAUGGCCCCCGACCACCUGUCCGUGAGGCAGAUGCGGGAGGAAGAGAAAGCCCUCGUCGUGGAGCUGCUGAAGGAUGGGGUGAAGGACACAGAGAACCGCGUGGCCCUCCACGCCCUGACUCGGCCUCCCGCCCUCCUGCUCCUGGCCGCCGCCAGCAGCGGCCUCCGCUUUGUCCUGGCCUCCUUUGCCCUGGCCCUGCUUUUGCCCGUCGCCCUGGCCGUGGCUGCCUUGAAGCUGAUGGUGCGGAUGCGGUGGGGCUCCCUGCCCUCGCCCUGCGGCCCGGGGGGCCCCUGGGUGGCCGUGUGGGGCUCCGACGACGUGUGUGGGGUUCUGGCCCUGAGCCCCGGGGCCGCCGGGGGCAGCCUGGCCGUGGCGCGCCUGGCCGUGGCCCGCUGGCACCGACGACGCGGCGUGGGCACGAAGCUGCUGGCCUUCGCCGAGGCCCGAGCCCGGGCCUGGGCCCGCCAGGAGGGCGGCCCCCGCGCCAGGCUCACCGUGCCCGCCCCGGUGGGGGCCCGAGGGGCCACGGCGCUCCUGGAGGGAAGAGGUUACCAGCCCGAAGGGGGCUGGGGCUGGAUGGGCCACACGUUUGUCAGGGAAUUCACCAAAGAGUUCUGAGCGCCGCGGUGAGCCCCGGGCCCGGCCGGGGACUGGCGAGGGACUGCUGCCCCUCCCUCUGGGAAUGACACUGCCCCCCCCCAGGAACCGUGGGGACUCACCCCUCCCCCUCCACAAGCUGCCCCUUUGGGGGCCUCCACACCCCCAGAGCCUCAGGCCUCCGAUGAAGCUGAGCCCUGCCACCGUCCUGGCCUUGUUCUCCCAGAAGUCCCCCCAGAGCCCCGCAGGCCCUUCCCCUCGCCCAGGGCCCUCAGCGACCUCCCCUUUUCGGGGCCCUCCGGUGGGGGCCUGGCGGAGGCCUGUGCUUGGCGGCCCUCCUCCCGCCCCCCCCCCCUUCUGGAGAAGAGUCUGUCUGCCUUGGGUCUCCCCUUCCCUUCUCUCCCCUCACAUCUGUUUUUAUGCCCAUUGUUAAUAAACUCCGAGGCCGCCGCCGCCUCCCUCCCCCUGA